ACCCACUGAAUACACCAUGCUAAAGAAAGCUCUCGGUUUGUUUGUCAACUCCUACAGUUUUGAAACGUCCCGUUUACUGACUACCUAUUAUAUAUUUUUCAGCUUCUAUUUCCAAGCAUCGGGACCCCCUUAUGAUCAUUACGGCAGGUUUCGUAAGUCACGAUAUGAGGAUCAUGUGCGAGAGACAAACCAGUCCCUAUGCUGUGCCAGGAUCAAAGAAUUGUCCCACCACCAAGCAACUCCUUCGUGAGGAGCAAUGUACAGAGAUGGAAAUACAGACCGAUGGCUACGCCUCGCCCUGUACUAUGAAUGUGAUCCCAUUCCUUGGUGGAAGCACCGAGCAAGCCCUUUACAAGAUGCAACGUCCAGGAAAGGAGAUGCCGAGUGAGGAUCACGUCCUUCCCCAUACCACAAACAUGAUCACUUCACUUUGUGGAAGCGGGUAGCCUUUGCAAGUAAGACUUACAGACUGUGAAACACUCUACCAUUUUCGGGCAUGGUCGGAAUGCCGGUUAUUGCAGUUGAGGUAGCUGUGGUGGUUGCAGUGGUUGCGGUAUUGGUGUUUUUUUGUUUUUUUAAUGGUUUUCAGAAUGAUAGAAUUAGUCAGAGUGGAUAUUUAUGGUUUGGGUCUGCCAUGGGAAGGCUUUACUACAAUGGUGGUAACUUAAAAAAAGUUCCUGAAUAUGACACUUGCAGUGGGGUU